AGUGUCAAUUGUCAAAUUCGGUUUGUUGAUGUUUCGUUUUGAGAAACUUUUUGAGUUUAUACUUUAUAGGGGUCAAACUGACACAACUAAAAGCCAUUAAGCAAAGAACUGAACUGAAUGAACUAUAGGGUAAAGAAAUAAAAAUAUAUAAAACUUGGUAUUGUAAGUAUAUAAAAUAGUCUAUAUUCAUUAUUGACGAUCUAACCUCAAGUGCCGCUACUAAAUUUAGAUGAAAUGGGUGUAACAGUUUUACAGCAGUAUCCAGUCGGGGAAAAUAAAACCGGUACAUACGUGAUUGAUUUGUUGACGAAAAGAAUAUUAGCUCUGGGUGCAACGCAACAGGGUCAAUUUCUAGUGGACUGCGAAAGCUAUCUUUCACUUCCUCAAAUGGGUACAACAAAAACAGUCCACAUCCUACAUAAUUCUGAGCAGCCAGCAUCUGUAUUUUCAAUAUUGGAAAGCGGUACAAAAACUAUACAUGUUAUAGCUGAUGGCUUGUUUGACCUAUUAAUGAUGAAGCUUUCUCAACACUAUACAUCUAAAAAACAAACUAAGAUAGAGAGCAAAGGGCCUAGGUUUGAACUUGGAGACUUUUGUGUUAAGCUUGGUUCUGUGACGAUGAAUCAAAAUUUCAAAGGAGUUCUUAUUGAGGUAGAGUAUCGUCCAUGUGUAAUGGCGAAUGCUGUCUGGGGAUUGUUACGUGAAUUUUUACAAGGGCUCUUAGGCCCUUCCAUCCCUGUCCAGCCACCUCAACACCUUGUGAGCAGAAUGAAUGAAAUUUACACACCCAUAGAUACUAUUUAUCAGUACUUAGAACACUUUAGUGCUUAUAGAAAAAUAACUGGGCUGAGAAGUGCGUAAAGUUGUAUUACCAUAAUUAAAAUAAAUAUUUUGUAAAAACGGUGAAA